AUGGACUUUGACGAUGAUAUGUCGGGGCUUCAGAUUGAAGACCUGGGCGAAUAUUUUCUCCAGACCGAUAUUAAUGACGAUUGGAAAGGAUUUUCUCUUGGAUAUACGGAUGACCGGCAUGAACAAACGCACUCACAACAUCAGGAAGCGAAAGCUCAUGACUACGAGACGAUUUUUUCAUGUGCUAGUGGUGAUGGAACGUCCAUUCAUCAUUCAACAUCGUCGCCAGUGACGUUACGAUAUAAUAUUGGGCUUGAAAUGGCACUGGAUUCUGGAUCAGCUAAGACCGACAUGGCGACGUUGUAUGAGACUCAAUUGACUCCCGUUCGUACUAGACUUGAUGUGGCGAUGCUGAUGAAUCAAAAGACGAAAGAUGCCAUGGAUUUUUCAGAUUUUAGUUUGGAUCAACACAAAGAAUUGAUGGCGCUAGCAAUGCCCAAGUCGGCUUCAUUAGUCGAGGUGCCGACUACGAUUGGUGACAGUGUCAGCGAUUCGGUUGCUUCCCAUUUGCCAAGUCUCCAGUGCCAGCACAUUUUGAGCAGCGACAAUGAUAAACUGAAUGCUUUUAACGGAGGUGAACCGUUUAGACGAGAGGUUGACUUCAUGACCGGAUCGUGUUAUCCUAACACAUGCUCGACUAUUGCCAGCAAAUCUACUAACAGCGCACCUUCAUUAACACUAGAAGAUGAUCGAGGUUUUCGAAAGAAGUCACGUGAGAAGAUGCGCCGUCAAGAGGUGAACGUUAAGUUUGAUGAGCUCAUUGACCUUCUAGGACUUUCCAACCGCGUGCGAAAGAGUGCUAUUUUGCAGGAGGCUGUUUCUACUAUCAAAUCGCUAAAGCGAGAGCGAGACGAGUUACGCCAUGAUCGUGAUCGUCUGCAGCAAGAAGUAAGAAAGUUGGCUACGUGCCUACAGUACUCAAAUCUAGGUUCGGUUGCUGCUGCAAAUGCCAUGACACAACAUAGGAUCCCGUCGGCACAGUACCUUAAUCAGCAGCAUGUGACAGCAGCCCCAAGCGGGUUUGAAGCAGUACACACGCAUCCGCUUAGCAUCCCUUGUAAUCCGGGCACAAACUGUUUCCCUCUUUGUUCAGCAUUCUCCAACAUUUCUGCACAGUUGCAGUCAUAUUCCUCCGCGCCGUCGUCAGUGUCUGGUCAAGUUACCAUCGCUCCAAAACCGCUGAAGCCGGCAAGCAGUCUUUUACCCACCUCGGCCCCAUUACCAAGAUGA